GAGAACCUCAGAGAGGGAAAAAGGAGGAGUACCGCAGAGAAAGAAAAGAGAAGAACCGCAGAGAAAGAAAAAUGGAAGAGAACCGCAAGGAAAGGAGAAAGGAGGAGAACCUCAGGGAAAGGAGAAAGGAGGAGAACCUCAGGGAAAGGAGAAAGGAGGAGACCCACAGGUAAAGGAGAAAGGAGGAGACCCACAGGUAAAGGAGAAAGGAGGAGGGGAACCACAGGGAAAGGACGACAAGCGAAAGUGCAGGAAAAGGGUGAGGCUCAGGGAGGGACAUGGCAAAGGAGAGAGAGUAGAGUUGUUCCAGAGACUACCUGUGCUGUCUAAAUCUAAAACAGUUGCUCAAAAGCCUAGCCCGCAGACAACUUCCCCCAGUACCCAUGAAGAGCAAGUUCCUACCAACUGUUCAGGGAUUGGAACCGGAACCAUUCUGCAACCCCAGCCGUCGGGUCAGCCACAGAACUCCAGUCCAAAAAGAUCUGGAGAGACUGAAUCAGACAGAGACCCAUUGAGACCCCCUGCUGUCAAGCGGACCCCCUCCAAGGGUCGGGCACCCACUGUGUGUCUCAAGAAGUUCCAAGAACUCCUGAAGCACAGGCACCAAAAGACGAAGAAGUCCACCAAAAGCAAGGAGACAAAAGAAAGUGAAACUGAAGUUCAGAAACAAAGUGAAAGAAAAUUAUUGAAACCCAACGAAAGUGACAACGGUCAAAAUGAAUCAAGACUGAUGAACAAAAACAUAAGUUCUUCCCAGCCUCUAGAAAGAGAGUCGGCCAUUAGACCAACCGUUGAUAAUGACGAUCAGACCAACCGAACAGAGAGCGACCAUCCAGAGGAAAAAGAUGGAGGACACAACAGCAGCACUUGUGGACAGGAGAUGGAGUAUCAAGAUCUCAUCUACAAAGAGACUGAAAGAGAAAACGUUGAGGAUGGAGAACAUUUUGAGAACACAGAAAACGUUGAGGAUGGAGAACAUUUUGAGAACACAGAAAAAGUUUUAGACGGGGAAAACGUGGAUGCGACAGGAGACUUUUUCAAACUCCGAGAGGAGCUGGUUACCUUAUCGAUGACAAGGACAAAGGACAUGGUGGAUCCUCAUCGGAGCGACAAAGGCAACAAGGAAGGAAGAGAUCUGGUUUCCAAGGAGAACAGAGAGAGGGAAACAGACUCAUCUACAGAGACAAAACAGAAGACCGAAAAGGGGAAAGGAUCCGUGGUGGAGGCGUAUAGGAGAAGUGUGAUCAUCCAAGAGGUGGAGGAGAAAAUGGAGGAUGGAUAUUUGGAGAUGGAGAUCUCCAGCGAGGAGUUGGAUGUGGUUGAUGAGGUCCAGCAGACGUUGGGCUACGCCGGGGCUGAGGAAGUGAGUGGGGAAGAGGAGGAGAUAGAUGUAGAGGAGAUGGGUCCAACGAUGUAUCCUGAUGCAGCUUGGCAGGAGGUUCCCGGCGCCAGAGAAGUGGACCAAGUGAGUUCCACCAUGGCCAGCUUCAGAGGCAUCACCCACAACCACAUCCACCUCCCUCAGAAAAUCAAAAUGGCGACCGCUGCCCCCGAGAUGGCCGACGUGAGUAUUCCGACCCCUCUGGAGGCAGAGCCUUUCACGCUGACAUCACGAAGGGUCACCACGGGGUCAACAGGAAGCUGGGAGCCAGAGGAGGAAGAGGACGUGGAGGUGGACGUUCUUGAGGGGUCGCCGGAUGUGCGACCAAGAGUGUGGGGAGCGGGACUUGAGCAAGGCGUCACAGAACUGACCGAGGAAGACGAGAUAGACGUGAUGGGAGAGGAAACGGACUGAAUUCUAAACAGUGUGUUCUUGAGAAGAAAGGCUACCGUUCCUAAGCAACCUCCCUGCUCCUCCUCUCCACACUGUUAACUAUCGGAGCAGCCCCAACCUUCCACACUGACUUGAUGAGACUAACUCACAAAAUGAGGGUCUCGCUAUAUAAAAGAAACAACCUUUGUUGAUUUGUGAUUUUGUUGUUGUUUUUGUUGUACUGUUCUUCAGCAGAAUGCCUUAUGAGCCCUAGACUAGAGACUCGGCAAACGCAGCUACUCUUUUGUUACAUUUCAGGGCCUGUAUUGACAGCUUCUCAGAGUACGAGUGCAGAUCUAGGAUCAGUUUUUCCUUUCAAGUCAUAAUGAGUAACAAGGCCUACUCUGAGACGCUGGUGAAUACUGGACCCUGGUGUUCAUGCUGGUUAUUUUGAUACCUUCAGAAUCAGUCAGUGUCCAAUCAGAAGCACUUAAAUAUGUUUACAUCUGCCACUUUUGACAAGUUCUUUAUUUGUAGCUUCAUUGUUUGUAUAACUUUGUAAAUUAGAAAGAAGGCCUGUCAUUUAAAUAUAAUAAUUGUGUUGUAUUAAAAUGGCUUUCUUGAC